AUCUUUGUAGUGGACAGUGAGGAGGAGUUGGAUCGUCUCCACACAGUCAACGCCAUCGCCUUCAGGAAGGACCAGAGAUCCCUCUACUUCAAAGACAAAGAUGGCUGGCAGCCCAUACAGGUACUAUACUAUACUAUACUAUACUAUACUAUACUAUACUAUACUAUACUAUACUAUACAGAUACUAUAUUAUAAUAUACAGGUACUAUACAAUACGAUACUAUACGAUACUACACUAUACUAUAUGAUACUAUACUGUACGAUACGAUAGUAUACGAUACUACACUAUACUAUAUGAUACUAUACUAUAAUAUACAGGUACUAUACAGGUACUAUACAAUACUACACUAUACUAUAUGAUACUAUACUAUACAAUACGAUAGUAUACGAUACUACACUAUACUAUAUGAUACUAUACUAUACAAUACGAUAGUAUACGAUACUACACUAUACUAUAUGAUACUAUACUAUACGAUACUACACUAUACUAUAUGAUACUAUACUGUACGAUACGAUGCUAUACGAUACUACACUAUACUAUAUGAAACUAUACUAUACGAUACGAUGCUAUACUAUAUGAUACUAUACUGUACGAUACGAUGCUAUACGAUACUACACUAUACUAUAUGAUACUAUACUAUACGAUACGAUGCUAUACGAUGCUAUACGAUACUAUACGAUAUGAUACUAUACGAUGCGAUACGAUACUAUACGAUGCAAUACUAUACAUUACAAAUACACCAAGGAACUGCUGUUUUAGUUUUUCUGUUGCAAGAUGUUUUGUUACGGUGUGGCUUAAUUAAUAGGACCCUGUUGUUACGGUGUGCCUUAACUAAUAGGACCCUGUUGUUACGGUGUGCCUUAAUGAAUAGGAACCUGUUGUUACGGUGUGCCUUAACUAAUAGGACCCUGUUGUUACGGUGUGCCUUAAUGAAUAGGACCCUGUUGUUACGGUGUGCCUUAACUAAUACGACCCUGUUGUUACGGUGUGCCUUAACUAAUACGACCCUGUUGUUACAGUGUGCCUUAAUGAAUAGGACCCUGUUGUUACAGUGUGCCUUAAUGAAUAGGACCCUGUUGUUACGGAGUGCCUUAAUGAAUAGGACCCUGUUGUUACGGUGUGCCUUAACUAAUAGGACCCUGUUGUUACGGUGUGCCUCAAUGAAUGGGACCAUGUUGUUACGGUGUGCCUUAACGAAUAGGACCCUGUUGUUACGGUGUGCCUUAACGAAUAGGACCCUGUUGUUACGGUGUGCCUUAACUAAUAGGACCCUGUUGUUACGGUGUGCCUUAAUGAAUGGGACCCUGUCAUUACGGUGUGCCUUAAUGAAUGGGACCCUGUUGUUACGGUGUGCCUUAACUAAUAGGACCCUGUUGUUAUGGUGUGCCUUAAUGAAUAGGACCCUGUUGUUACGGUGUGCCUUAACUAAUAGGACCCUGUUGUUACGGUGUGCCUUAAUGAAUAGGACCAUGUUGUUACGGUGUGCCUUAAUGAAUAGGACCCUGUUGUUACGGUGUGCCUUAAUGAAUAGGACCCUGUUGUUACGGUGUGCCUUAAUGAAUAGGACCCUGUUGUUACGGUGUGCCUUAAUGAAUAGGACCCUGUUGUUACGGUGUGCCUUAACGAAUAGGACCCUGUUGUUACGGUGUGCGUUAACGAAUAGGACCCUGUUGUUACGGUGUGCCUUAACGAAUAGGACCCUGUUGUUACGGUGUGCCUUAAUGAAUGGGACCCUGUCAUUACGGUGUGCCUUAAUGAAUGGGACCCUGUUGUUACGGUGUGCCUUAACUAAUAGGACCCUGUUGUUACGGUGUGCCUUAACUAAUAGGACCCUGUUGUUACGGUGUGCCUUAACUAAUAGGACCCUGUUGUUGCGGUGUGCCUUAACUAAUAGGACCCUGUUGUUGCGGUGUGCCUUAACUAAUAGGACCCUGUUGUUACGGUGUGCCUUAACUAAUAGGACCCUGUUGUUGCGGUGUGCCUUAACUAAUAGGACCCUGUUGUUACGGUGUGCCUUAACGAAUAGGACCCUGUUGUUACGGUGUGCCUUAAUGAAUGGGACCCUGUUGUUACGGUGUGCCUUAAGAAAUAGGACCCUGUUGUUACGGUGUGCCUUAAUGAAUAGGACCCUGUUGUUACGGUAUGCCUUAAUUAAUAGGACCCUGUUGUUACGGUGUGCCUUAACUAAUAGGACCCUGUUGUUACGGUAUGCCUUAACUAAUAGGACCCUGUUGUUACGGUGUGCCUUAACUAAUAGGACCCUGUUGUUACGGAGUGCCUUAACGAAUAGGACCCUGUUGUUACGGUGUGCCUUAACUAAUAGGACCCUGUUGUUACGGUGUGGCUUAAUUAAUAGGACCCUGUUGUUACGGAGUGCCUUAACGAAUAGGACCCUGUUGUUACGGAGUGCCUUAACGAAUAGGACCCUGUUGUUACGGUGUGCCUUAAUGAAUAGGACCCUGUUGUUACGGAGUGCCUUAACGAAUAGGACCCUGUUGU